AUGACGAGAUGUUCCUCUCAUUGCAUGCUUGAAAGACAGCUGCUAAUUCACGUCAGUGUUGACCUGCCGGGGAGGAGCUCGCUCAAGGUCCACCACAGCCAAGUCAAGCGUGAACUCGCCAGCUCCGCCCCCCUCGCCCCGCCCCCUCCCGCCUGUGCGCGCACACUUGCUCUCCGCCUGUCCUCCGCACACGUCCAGCAGCUGCCGGCGAGCACCAACCUCCAAGCAUGUCUUCUCCGCCCGCACCUGCCGCCUGUUAGGCACCGCGCUGCCCGCCCGUCCGCCGUGUUGCUCGGCUUAUUUGGAUGCGCCAUGACGGAGGACCGCUGGAGGAGUUGUGGCGUGAGGCUGCUGGUGGCCACCUUAGUCUGUGCUGCCGUGUGCUGCAUCCCUGAUAAUCAAGUCAACUUGCUGGACUCCCGCUCUGUGAUGGGAGACCCUGGAUGGGUGGCAUACCCGAAGAAUGGGUGGGAGGAAAUCGGGGAGGUGGAUGAAGACUACAACCCCAUCCACACUUACCAAGUGUGCCGGGUCAUGGAGCAGAACCAGAACAACUGGCUUCACACCAACUGGAUACUAACCGAGGGAGCCCAGCGGGUGUACAUCGAGCUGAAGUUCACCCUGAGAGACUGCAACAGCCUCCCCGGGGGCGUGGGCACCUGCAAGGAGACCUUCAACAUGUACUACUACGAGACGGACGGGGAUGAGAUGGAAGACGGGGAGCUGAGAGACGGCGAGGGGAUCACGGUGGAGGAGGACCGGGCCAUGAAGGAGAGCCGCUACAUCAAGAUCGACACCAUCGCAGCGGACGAGAGCUUCACAGAGCUGGACCUGGGGGAUCGGGUUAUGAAGCUCAACACUGAAGUCCGUGAUCUAGGCCCUCUGACUCGGAAGGGCUUCUACUUGGCCUUCCAGGAUUUAGGAGCCUGCAUCGCUCUGGUCUCCGUGCGGGUUUUCUACAAACGCUGCCCGUUUCUGGUGAAAAGCCUGGCCGAGUUCUCCGACACCAUCCCGGGAUCAGAGGCCUCGCAGCUGGUGGAGGUCGUGGGUCGCUGUGUCAACAACUCCCUGCCUCUGUACGAGCCUCCCAGGAUGCAUUGCAGCACCGAGGGAGAAUGGCUGGUGCCCAUCGGGAAGUGCGUGUGCCAGCAAGGAUUUGAAGAAAUCGCCGGAUCCUGUCAAGGUAAGCACUUUUUUCUUGUAUUCCUACUUCAUCCUGCAUUUGGAUGUUUUCUCCUGAGCCCUGCAGCACUUUGCUGCUCUCCUGCAUCCGCCUUUCUGCUCAGCCUGGAGCCCAAACAUUCCCACCUCUCAAUUCCCACCUGCACCUCGGUCUCUCCUCCUCUCUAA